AUGCAACUGGUAUCAUCAUGUAAUGCAUUUUAUGUAAAAUCAGAAACAUCAAUAUUAAAAUGCUGUAAGAGAAAAAAAAAACUUUUUGUUGUUUCUUUAAAUGAGUUUGCUGAUGUAGGAGAUAUUGAAAAUAUUUGUGAUAUUUAUGGUGUUCUUGGUACAAUUGAUAUAAAUGGAUCACAUUUUCUUUUAGUUAUUACAGCUGUUUCAAUUGUAGGUUCUUUCAGAACGGAAGUAGAAACAAUUUAUAAAAUAAAUAAAAUAUCAGCCAUAUCAAUAGAUGAUAAUAACAAAGUUGAUGAUGUGCAAUUAAUUAAUAAUUCAAAUGCCUUAGAGAAAAUAAUAAAUUCGCAUAAAAAAGUAAUUCAAUUUGUUAGUGAUAAAAUACAACCACAACAAUAUCAAAAAACAUUAUUGGAUGAUGUCUUAAAAAUGUUUAAUGAAAAUGGUGACUUUUAUUUUAGUUAUAAACAUUCAUUAACAUUAAAUACUCAAAGGUAUGCAGAGAAAGAAGUUUUAUUUGAUAAAGCAUUUUGGUGGAAUAAAGAAUUGAUAAAAGAUUUACCAUAUGAUAGUGAAUGGUCAUUACAGGUGAUACAAGGGCAUAUCUCACAAACGGCAUUAAAUAUUGAUGUUGAUACAUUGUUUCUUUUUACAAUUAUCAGUAGAAGAAGUGUUGAAAGAGCUGGAACAAGGUAUAUUAAAAGAGGUGUUGAUGAUGAUAGUUAUGUAGCCAAUUUUGUUGAAACAGAGACAAUACUUUCCAUUUUUGGUCAUCAAUUAAGUUUCAUACAAAUAAGAGGAAGUGUACCAAUAUAUUGGUCUCAAAAAGGUAUAAAAUAUAGACCACCAUUAACGAUAGACAAAAGUAUGGAUAAAUCACUUCCAGUAUUUUUAAAACAUUUUGAAAAAUUAAAAAAACGUUACAAUACACCAAUUGUCUGCUUAAAUCUUGUUGAUCAAACUGGAAGAGAAUUAUGUUUAGCAAAAUCAUAUCUGGAACAUUUUUUAGAAACUGAAGAUCCUGAUUUAUGUUUUGUUUCUUUUGAUUUUCAUUAUCAUUGUAGAGCAUUAAAAUUACAUAAAAUACAAGAUCUUAUACUAUCAAUUGAAAAUGAACUUAACAAAAUAGGAUUUUGUUGGUUAGAUAAAAGUGGAGUUUUAUUAACUAAACAAGUUGGUGUUAUCAGAACAAAUUGUGUUGAUUGUCUUGAUAGAACAAACGUUGUACAAGGAGCAAUUAGUCAAGUUGUUUGUUUAAAUCAAGCUAGAAAACUUGGAAUUAUUGGACCAUUAACAGAAACUCCACAACAACUUAUUCAAGCAUUACAAUGGAUGUGGGCUGAUAAUGGAGAUGCUAUUUCAAGACAGUAUGCCGGAACAAAUGCUUUAAAAGGUGAUAUUACCAGAAGUGGUCAAAGAAAAGUUCUUGGAAUAAUGAAAGAUGGAUAUAAUUCAGCAUCAAGAUAUUAUUUAAGUCAAAUAAAAGAUAAUCAAAAACAAAAAGUGAUUGAUAUGAUUUUAGGAAAAAAAGGAACUCAAGAUGAUAUUGAAAUAGAUGAAGAAGAGAAUGAGAACAUUGGAAGGUUAGUCUCUGAAACAAUUCAUUUUGUUCUUCCUAAUGAAGAAGUACUAGUUGGAGGAUUUGCCCUUGUUAGUGGUAGCACAACAACAGAUCAAAUUGAUACGGUUUUACUUCUUUCAAGAAAUGCUAUAUACAUUUCUAUAUAUGAUGAAGAAUCUGAAAAAUUACUAGAAGUUAAAACUAUUCCAUUUCCUAAUAUAAUAGCAAUAGAAUGUGGUAGUCUAUCUAAAAAUGGUAGAAUUCACCUUCGUAUUAAAUAUAAAAUGGAUCCUGAAGAAACAACGAUUAGUUUUGUUAGUUAUCGUACAGCAAAAAUAAGAUUAUUUAACAAUGCAGUAAUACCUUUAAAAAAUGAAACUGAUGCUGAUGAUUAUGUAUUGGCAAUAGGUGAACAAAUAUGUAUGACAAUGACAAUGAUGGGAUAUGAACAAAAUUUGCAAAUAUUUAAUAGACUUAAUCCUUCUUCAGCUACAAAUGUUUCAUCACCAACAAAAAUUGUUUCAAAAAGAGCUAUUAUUAGUAAUGCACUAAAAAGUAUUGUUGGAAUUAAAAAUAAUGUUGGACAAAAAGUAGAUGUUAAAGAUGGUGAUACCUCUGAUAUUGAAAAAACAUGUGAAGAGAAAAACGAAGAUAAAGAGAUAGAAGAAUUAAUUACAUCAUCGAAAAUUAAUUUGAAAUUAGGAAAUUUAAAAAUGGAAUCACCAUUUAAGGAAUAUGAAAAAAGGAUUCUGGCUUCAAAAACACAAUUCAAAAUUUUGUAA